CUUAAAAAAAGUGUAGCAGUGCUCGGCAGCGAGGGGCCGCAUCGCGAUCUAUUUAUCCUACAACCUUUCUUGCUAUUCUUGCCAUCCUGUGCAGCGGGUGGCGCCAACAGGACACGCUGGUCUUGCUGUCCAACACCGCCACCGGACUCCGUUCGCCCUGCUUAUUUGCAUCAGACUUCGUACCAGCACUUUUUUAAUUUCAUGACGGCCUGUUUCGUAAAGCGGUAAGAGGAAGCACCCAAUAGCUGUUCUGUUUGGCACUCGCUGGGGAAACGUUUGUGGCUAAGCCCGGCACGGAGCUCUGCUAUUACUCUCCACACACGAACCCUUGCGGGCUCCCUCUUCAUUUCCUCUCCUGCAGAAGCAGCAGCACCAGCCGCUGAAGAAGCAGAGAGACAAAAAGACCAGAGAACAAUCGAGGGGAGAGCGAUUCCCUGAAGAGACAGAGAAAAAGAGUCGGAGAAAAAAAAACUAUGACCUAGGCGGAAUCGCAUCCGCCGAACAUCGCUCUGCAAUAAAAGCUCCCUUUCCCCCCCGGUUCACCACCUUCCGUCGAUCCAGCGAUCCGAAGCUGCAAUCCGUCUGAGUGUCUUUCACAAGACAACCGUUCGAGACGCCGACCAGCGACAGGCUCGCCAUGGCCGCCGCGGCCAUCAACACGUUGCGCGAGCUACCGCACAAGCUGCGCAAGGCGAGCAGCGAAGAGGUGUCCGGAGCGCGGAGGGAGUCGCAUCAUUCACCCAAACCGCCGCACGAGUCGCGCCACGAGCGCAAGGAGCACGAGCAGGAGCGCAACCAGAUUUUGCAAUGGGAGGCCGAGAAGCACACGCUGCGGCCGGAAGAGAUCGUUCGGCGUGGAGACGAGAAGCAUGUCGGCUUUUCGAGCCGCAGGUUGCGUUGCGACGACUUUGAGCUGAGGAAGACGCUAGGCACGGGAACCUUUGCCCGUGUUUGGCUUGUCACCUUGCGCGCGGACACAAAUACCACGAAUCCGAAGGUCUUCGCACUGAAGAUCCUGCGCAAGGCCGACGUCGUGCGUUUGAAGCAGGUCGAACACGUGCGAAACGAACGCAACAUCCUCGCGGCCGUAGCAGGUCACCCCUUCAUCACCUGCCUCGUCACCUCCUUCCAGGACCAUGACUCGCUGUACAUGCUGCUCGACUACUGCCCCGGUGGCGAGGUCUUCUCAUACCUUCGCCGUGCCCGCCGCUUCAACGAGGAGACGUCCAGAUUCUACGCGAGCGAGAUCGUCCUCAUCCUAGAGUUCCUGCACGAGCGCAUGGGCGUUGCGUAUCGCGAUCUGAAACCGGAGAACAUGCUCAUCGACGCCGAGGGCCAUCUGAAACUGGUGGACUUUGGAUUUGCAAAGAAGAUUGGCAAGCUCGAAACCUACACGCUCUGCGGUACCCCGGAGUAUCUUGCGCCAGAGGUCAUCAGAAACACAGGCCACGGUUACGCCGUUGACUGGUGGGCGCUUGGCAUCCUCAUCUACGAGUUCCUAGUCGGCCAACCGCCCUUCUGGGAUCAGAACCCAAUCAAAAUAUACGAACAGAUUGUCGAAGGCAAGAUUCGCUUCCCAUCCGCCAUGCCAGACGCUGCGCGUGACAUUAUAUCCCGCCUGUGCACGGUCGACGUGACCAAGCGAUUGGGCAACAUCAAGGGCGGUGCCCGCACUGUCAAGCAGCACGAGUGGUUUGCAGGUGUUAAUUGGGACGACAUGUACUACCGCCGAUGUCGCGGGCCCAUCAUUCCGCACCUGAGCAGUCCCACCGACACGCGCAACUUCGACGAGUACGAGCCGGAGUCGGAGGAUAGGGAGAAGUUUACCGACGAGAUGAACAAGAAAUAUGAGGAGUUCUUUGCGGACUUUUGAGCGAGGUGACGUCUAGGACAUGAGAGGCAGUCUGACGGCGACAAAUGUUUUUAAGGGCAUGGUGGAUCAAUACGAUAGAGUUUGUUUGACGCAUGACUUUAGUUCGCAUCAGCGUGGCGAUGGGGACAAAUGGACGCAAGGAGGCAGGACGCCUACGGGGGCCACACCAGGCAUCUGAUCGAGGGCAGAGCCAUCUGUAGAAAGGGCAUCGACGGUACGAUACUCACAAAUAACAAAAAAGAACAGAGAAGAGAGGCGAUCGCUCCGGCAAAACAAGAGCAGGACACUGGCUGUCUGAAACUCGACGUGAAAGGGAAGCGAGAAAAAGGAGGGGAGAGGAAAGAAAAAUAAUCCCUUUAAUCCUAUUGUACGAUUUGCAUCUUUUGACCGUGUGCGGCGGCUACGAGGUUCACAUACUUGUCUGAUUACGAAUGUACUCCAAAACGAAUCCUGGGCAAUUGAUUAAGAAAAAUAUUGCAUUACA